AGCGGCCAGGCUUGAAUUUUGCGGCGGCGGAAGCGGCGGAGGACCAUGAGCGACAAGGAGAUGGAGCUCAUAAAAGCUGCAUACAAAGGUCGACUGGACGACGUGAAGCGGCUCGUGGAGAAGGAAGGCGUCAAUCCCAACUUUGACAAUGGUGAAGCAUUGUGCUAUGCUGCUUGGAAAGGUCGAACGACCGUCGUCGAUUACUUGCUGAAGAAGAACGUCUCGACCGAAUCUCGUUGGUGUGGAGGAGAUACACCUCUGAUCGACGCUGCGAGAAACAAUCAUUUCAAUCAUCUCGAAAUUGUGCGUCUCCUCUUGGACGCCAACGCCGAUCUCAACGCCAAAGACGAAGACAACAAGACAGCGCUUGAUUGGGCGGUUGAAUACAACUACAAUGACGUGGCGCAGCUCUUGCGUGACCAUCCAAAACGCAAAUUUCUCAAAGACGAGAUUCUCGCGGCGCUGGAAUCCACCAGUACGCAAGCCCUAUUGAUCAUCUUGCAGGAUCCCAAGAUCGACGUCAACCUGCGCGACAACAACUACACGCCGCUUCUGCAUCGGCUGGUCGAUUAUGGCAGCGUGGAAGUGCUCGAAUGCGUUGCUCGAAGGAACGACCUCGCGAUCAACGCUACGGACCGGGCAGAUCGAACGGCGUUCAUGCUCGCUGUUGCCAAGAAGGACGCCGCAGCAGUCCUCGUACUUCUCAAAGCCGGAGCGUGUACACGUUUGGUCCGCGACGACGGCUCUAUCGAUUGCACGGACGUCUUUGGCAACCUACUACUCGAAGUCGUGACAGACGGAGAUGACAUUGCCGUCGACCUGCUUCUGCAAGAUGGUGUCCGUCCCACGGCGACCAACGCGGAGAGACGCACCGCAUUGCAUCUCGCCGUCAUCAACGCAAACGAGGCUAUAGUUGACCAGCUGCUGAAGAAAAUGGAAUCGCUCGCCAAAUACCGCGACCUCGAAGGAAACCUACCGCUGCAUUACGCUGCAGCUAUCGACAACUCCAUCUCCAACAAACUCGUUGCACUCGCCUCGGAGAAUGACCUCAAGGCAACCAACAACGAGGGUGACACGCCGCUCGCAGUCGCUGUCAAGAAAGGGUGCUCACGCGUCGUUGCGGCAUUGCUCUCGAAGGAGAAAACGCUGGGCUACAACCCUCGCGAGGGGGGGACGUUGCUCCACGUGGCGGCGGCCAGCGACCGCGACUGCAAGGACAUUAUCAAAGCACUUAUUGCCGCUGGUCACAACGUGUUUGCCAAAACCACGGCGGGGUUGACGCCCUUGGCGCUGGCGAGAGCACAAAGCGCGCCGCGCGGCAACAUCAAGGCGUUAGAAGUCGCCGAAGCAGCCGCGAUUCAACUCCUCUUUGACGCUGUUCGCGAUACCGACGUGGCGAAAAUCGACGUGCUUGUCAAAAGCGGCGUUCUUGUCAACGCCCAGGACCCGGGCACGGGUCACACGGCCCUCCACAUGGCGGCAGUACAUCGCCAAGACAAGGUCGUCGCCCAACUCGUGGCCGCCGGAGCGACCGUCAACAACGGCCAAACGGCAUUGCACGCUGCCGUGGCCCUGCCCAGUUCGAAUGCAGUAAACGUUGUCACGGUCGUCAAGCGUCUGCUGCUGGAAGGUGCUGAUGUCGUCGCAAUGGACAACAAAGGCCGUCAACCGCUGCACCUCGCUGCCAUGCACGGCCUCGUCGAACUCCUGCCGCUACUUGUCGCUGCAAACAUCGACGCAACUGACAGCGACUUGAUGACGCCGCUGCAUCAUGCGGUCAAGUGCGGAUCUAUUGACGUUGUCAAAUGCCUCGUGGCAAUGGGCGCGUCGCUGUGUCUCGAAAACAAGGUAGGCCCAAAGAACAUUAUUCAACAUGACAAGAAAUGCGGAGAAUAG